CAAAUCCUUUACUCGUUUGGACUCUUCUGACCAUAGCCUGAAGCCUCGGGGGUUUUUUCCACGCUGCUCCCGCGACCCUCCGUCAUGGUGGCUACCUCCCCACUUUGUUACAAUCCCUCUUCCAGAUGUCUCGCUCCCAGCUUGCUUCGGCAAAGAUUCUGUCACCGUUCUUCCUUUGCUGAUGCCUUUUCUGCCUCGAGAUCUACCUUCUUCUCUGGCUUUGUUCUGAGGAGGCCCCUUUCUCGGGGAAACCGGCUCUGGCUCCAAAAUAACAUGGAUGAAUUGAUUAAAAAUUAUGCCAUCCGAGAUAAAAAUAGUGAUGAAGGCGUUCAAGUGCUUGAACAGGAAACUUUAAUUGAUGGACCAUCCCGGCUCGGCAAGUUUGCGCUUCGUGAGCUGGAACCAAUCCUCAAUCGACUGAGCAAGUGGAUGGUAUCUGCCUUCUUUGGUGCUCUCAUUCUCUGGAGGCAUGAUGCAGAAUCCUUAUGGUUUGCGGCAGGAUCUAUCUUAAAUGCUGUGUUUUCUGUGGUACUCAAAAGAAUACUGAACCAGGAACGGCCUUCUACCCUAAAAUCCGACCCUGGAAUGCCAUCUACACAUGGACAAUCCAUCUUCUUUUUUGUUGCUUUUGCUAUUUUGUCAAGUAUAGAAUGGCUGGGGUUAAGUGGAUCUAGCGUUACCAUCAGCGGACUUGCUGUGGUGCUUGGUUCUUACUUUUCAUACCUACGGGUAUCCCAACAGCUUCAUACAGCAAGCCAAGUGGUUGUUGGUGCCAUCAUUGGAUCCAUUGACUCCGUCUUGUGGUAUUGGUUAUGGAAUGCUUUUGUGUUGGAUGCAUUUGCAUCCUCCCUAUGGGUUAGAGUCGCUGUUCUUUUGGGGUCUGCUGCAAUUUGCUUUGGUUUUGUAAUCUACGUAAUUCGCCAUUGGCUUAAAGACGACUAAGAACUGUCAUAUCAAGUCUUGCCUUGAUGGUGAUAACAUAGUCACGAGUUAGAAAUGACGCUCUGUCGAAACCCAAAAAGAGGGAGGGAGGGAAGGGGGGGGGUGACGACUAGGAACUUCGUCGGAAUUUGCUAUAAAAUGGCACUUAGUUUUACUAUUGAAUAGAAAUUUCAAGUUUCAUACGCUA